AUGACUGGCUUCUCCGUUGAUCAUAUUGCUACUGGACACUCUUGGACAGAAGGCUCUGGCAAGUCUUGGCAACAAACUCAAACUGGUGCUGCUACUUUCCAAUGGGUCCAAGAAGGAACUGGUCGUGUAGCUCAUGGUGUUGCUGUUCAAUCCAAGAAGGAUAAACAAUGGCACGUUCAUAUUACUUUUGAUAACAACACUCAUUGGAAAUUGACCCCAAGUGCUGAUGGAAACCAAUUGCAAGGACCUUCUGAUGCCUUUACUUUGAAAUCCACUGGAGCAAAGUCUACCUUUGAAAAGAAGGACAAGAUCAAGCCAAAGCUCGAAGGUGCUGAUUACACUGAAAAUUCAGGAGCUGUUUGGCACGUGACUCAUCACAAGGGUGGUAGUUUUGAAAUGGUCAAUCAGAAGGAUCAAAGAGUGUGCCAUGGAACUGUCGGAAAGGAUCAACAAAAGAAUCACUUUGUGGUUUAUUUGGAGUUCCCUGGAAAUGUUACCAUGAGAGUGGAGACUGCUGAUUUGGCCACUUUGAAUUUGCCUAAUGGUGAUGUUUUCAGAAGAACCAGUGAGGGAAAGAAGAAGGAAAAGAAAGAUAAAGAUGAAAAGAAGGAAAAGAAGGAAAAGAAAGACAAGCAUUAA